AUGGCGUCCAAGCAGCCAAGCCCGCUCAUCCAUGUCCCCGCUCGCUUCUCCGUCGUCGAGCCGGGCGUGUACCGCUGUGCCAGCCCCACCCCGCAACAGCUGACCCCAGAUCCCCUUCCUCUCCACGCUCCGGCUCAAGACGAUAAUCUCUCUGACGGUCGAGCACCCAAUACGGCCGCUGCUGCAAUAUGUGCGCUCAAACGGUGUGCGCUUCGUGCACCUCGGCGCGACGCUGUUCCAGCCUCUGAACGACUGGCGCCCGAUAUCAGACGAGAUUGUGAAGGCUGCGCUCGAGAUUGUGCUGGACAAGCGGAGCCAUCCUGUCCUCAUCAUCGACUCCUCUUCGACCCGGACCUCGUGAAUCUCCCAGCACCCCAGAACCUGCCCGAGUGGUGGGACAGCGAGGAUGACGACUGGGACGACGGCUGGGCAGAGACGGACAAGGAGCCCGAGAAGAAGGACAAGAAGAAGAAGAAGAAGCUCGAUCAGGAGGAGAAGGCCGAGGUCAAGAAGGAGAAGGAGGGCGUCGAGGGCAUCGUCCAGGUUCCCGGGGAGCCGAAGAUUGAGCUCCUCGAGUCGCCCGUCAAUGCCGAUGUCGCGCUGCCGUCGAGCGUUGCGUCGGGAUGA